AUGCCUCUAAUGAGAAAUGUUGUCCAAUCUCGAGAAGUAGCGAUAAAUGAUGAAAAAUUGGAAAAGGAAAGGAAACCAUUUGUUUAUGAUAAAGAUAACGAAUUCUAUUCCGCACCAUCAUUUUGUUAUUUGUUGCAUUAUCGAAAUGCUGCCGUAUUCUGCGCAAUUCUUGAUAUACUUUUACUCAUUACAGCUAUACUUGUAUUUUUCAAUUUGCAACUUGAGAAGGAGAAUAUUCGUAUAUGGUUGUUAAUAACAUUAAUCAUAUUCCUUAUUUCUGCUACAGUUACCACAAUUCUUAUGAUCUAUGGUAUUGUAACGGAAAAACCGAAAUACAUGUGGCCAUUAAUGGCAUUUAUGCAUAUCGAAGUCACAAUUCUUAUCAUUUCAGCAAUUGCAUCGAUAACAAGCAUGUCUAUGGGAUUACAGGCUACUCAUAGGCUUUUUAGUUUUUAUGUUAGCAUGAACAAAUUGGAGUAUUAUUUUGGCCCAAUUUGGCCAUUCAAUUUAGCCAUACUAUCAUUCUUUGCAGCAACAAUUGUCAUUUGGUCUUAUAUUAUUGUUAGAGGUGCUUAUGAUUAUCUCUUGGAUAAAGAGUAUUUUAUGAAGAAACCAAACAUAGAAAUGGUGAAAACGAUUGUUGUUAAUGGAGUAUGA